GCCCACACUCACAGUGCUUCUAGUUGUUCACUUCACAACAAUGGCUUUGCUCAUCAAAGCUCAUCCAUCAACUCCCUCAACGCCGUGCUUCAAGAUUUCCUCUCCUCCUCCUCCUCCUGCUGCUGCUGCUGUUCUCUCAUGGCGCAGCUCAAUCCCAACAACAACGAGAAGAAGAAGAAGAAGGCGGUGUUCGAGGAUUCAGGCCUGCUUCAAUCCCUUUGAAGAUCAGCCAAUCCUCAAAGAGGCCCUCAAAGAGCCGGUGGCGUUCAUGGGCGGCGUGUUCGCUGGGCUUCUCAGGCUGGAUUUGAAUGAGGAGCCGCUGAGAGAGUGGGUGGCGAGAACUGUUGAGGCUUCUGGGAUGGAUGUGGAGAAGGGUGGUGGGGAGGAUGGGUUAGGGUUAGAUGGUGAGGAAGAUGCGCCUCAAGAGAUUGAGAUUGAAUGAGUACAGGUAUACUUAAACAUGCCAUUUGUCGACAGAAUAUGCAGAGACCGAAAGAUCUUUUCGGUUUGAAGCUUUGUUGAUGGCAUGAUAUUAAAUGUAAGUUGUUCUAGUUAGCUUUAUCUUCUUGUACAUAAUCUGUUUCACAAUGGACUUUUGAAAUGUUUUUUUUUGUUAAGCAUGUUUUUUUUUUCUCUAAGAAAUAGAAAUGGGCCGUGGAUUUGAAUUUU